AUGCAGCAAAUAUGGGAUGAGGUUGGUGAGAGUGAGGAGGAGCGUGACAAGAUGUUACUUCAAUUAGAACAAAAGUGUUUGGAUGUUUACAAGAGGAAGGUUGACCAGGCUGUAAAGUCAAGGGAACAGCUUCUUCAGGCCUUGGAUAAUGCCCAGUCUGAAUUGUCCAAUCUUCUCUCAGCUUUGGGGGAAAAAAAGCUUUGUUGGAGCUGCAUAUAUUCCUCUAUGUACAUUGCGAACCUAUUCAGGUUUCCUCAUGGAUAUGGCCUUUAUGUCUUACAGCCAGAGAAGACUACUGGGACAAUUAGGGAGCAACUUGCAGCUAUAGCACCUGUGUUGGAAAAGCUUUGGAAGCAGAAGGAAGAAAGAAUAAAGGAAAUUUCUGAUGUACAAUUACAGAUUCAGAAAAUAUGUGGGGAGAUUGCUGGGAACUUGAAACUUAGUGAGCAGGUGGGGCCUCCUACGGUUGAUGAAGCAGACCUAUCCCUCAGGAAGUUGGAUGAAAAUUUCAUGCUCAAUUCCAGGAACUUGGAAAAGAAAAGUGGUAAUAAUCCAUUGACUUUCCAAUGUGGCAGAAUGAGAUUGCACAAGGUCCUUGACUUUGUAAGCACUGUGCAUGACCUCUGUGCUGUGUUGGGCAUGGAUUUCUUCAGUACUAUUACUGAAGUUCACCCAAGCUUAAAUGACUCUGUUGAAACAAAGGGUCUCUUAUAUCAUGUAGCUCCAGCAGAUGCCAGGAUUAUUUUUGAAGAAAACCAGAAAGAACAAGGAAUGAAUCAGAGACCAUCAUCUGAUUUGAUGAGGUGA